AUGGUUUUGCCCAUCAGAAAAUACCUUGACUUAAAAGUUCGCGAUUCGACCUCUAAUAUCAAACCAACAUAUCAUCGCCGUAAAUCAGUAGGUGACUACUGGCUAGGGAAAACUUUGGGAAAGGGAUCAUCAGGUCGUGUUAAGCUUGGGAUUCACAAGGCGUCUGGUGAAAAAGUAGCUGUCAAAAUCGUAUCGAAGGAUUAUAUGGCUUCUAACCCAGUCCUUUACCACACCAUCAAACGUGAGAUCGCCUUGAUGCAAUUAAUGCAGCACCCUAACAUUGUCCAAUUACUGGAAGAGAAUUCUAGUUAUUUGAUCCUGGAAUAUGUUCAAGGAGGAGAGUUAUUUGAAUAUCUUGUAAUUAAUGGGCGCAUUGCCGAACGAGAAGCGCGCCAAUACUUCCAACAAAUUGUUCACCGCGAUCUAAAGCCUGAGAAUAUUCUUAUCGACAAGAAUAAGAACAUAAAGAUAGCUGAUUUUGGGAUGGCUUCCAUUCAACCUCCAAACACUUUGCUCGAAACUAGCUGUGGAUCCCCGCAUUAUGCCAGUCCUGAAAUUGUGAUGGGAAUACCAUAUAGUGGACCAGCUACCGAUCAAUGGUCUUGUGGAGUGAUUUUGUUUGCUCUUUUGUGUGGAUAUUUACCUUUUGACGAUAAGAAUAUUGGGAGAUUAUUAAACAAGGUUAAGUUGGCGAGGUAUGUAAUUCCAGAACACGUAUCGGCGAGUGCGCGUGAUUUGAUACAAAGACUUUUGGUAUUUCAACCCGGCAAGCGGUUGACAAUAAAGGCAAUCCAAUCCCAUGCAUGGUUCGUUGAUGAUGUGGUACCUCGAUUAUCAAAUCCUUCUAUACUACCAAGUGCAAAAGAUAUCGGUAGAUUAGCUUCAAAUGUAUCCGAAAUUGACUAUAGAUUAGUGGAAACACUAAAAGUUCUUUGGAAAGGUCUAACUACGAGACAGAUAAUUAAUUCCCUGCUUAAUGACUCUUAUAAUAUGCAAAAGGUAACAUACUUCUUACUCAAACGCCACACCAGUCAACGCCGGUUCCUUCAGUCAAAACCCGAAAAAAGAACAAGAUAUGGUGGGAAGCAAACAUUGCCUAUUAGAUGUGUAACCCCAAAAUUGUUGUCUUGCUCGGGCAAUCCAUCACCUGAAACAUUGGUGCCAACAACCUCCUAUAGACGCAACUGUGCUGAUAAUGCAGUGUCACAACUGACAUAUCAUAACGAUAAGGUUAAUGCAACCACUUGGCAGAAAUCUACAAUGGAUACCACGAAGCAUUCUUUUCCGGAAGUCACCCUCACAACUAGUUGCAACAACACACCCAUAACACAAUGUAUGAAUCUCUGGAAGCAUAAAAUGCGAGACAUUACUAAGAUAAAAUCACCACGAGCAUCGCACCGAAUAUCAACACCUUUGCCACGCACAAGGCUUGUGUACGACAAGAUAGCCUGUAGUCCUUUUUUAUGUUCAGACAACUACCACAAAAAUAUUAAUUCCCACAAGGCUGUACCCGUACAUCCACUUAUGGAAGAUUCUUCUUGCAAAGCACUUGUAUCUGUACCUCAUGUUACAGUCAAUCAUUCUUCCCAUCAAUUAUCAUGGGUACCGGCUCAUAUUCAUCAACCACAGCCAAAAAUAUGCACUAUGACAUGUAUUGGAAGAGACGAGCAAGAGGUUGUUCGUAAAAUUCGGCAGAUCAUUAAAGAGGCAAGUCAACACUCAUUAUAUUUUCAUAUGGGUGGCAAUGUAACUGAAAAUUUAAAUGAUCAUAAUAACUCGCAAAAAGGAGAUAUGCUCUGGGAAGAUCAGGAUGGAGAACAAUCUCAUUUACGCUUUAAUAUUGAAGUUACCGUACUUCCUGGUCCGUCUGACAAACAACACGCUAUGCAAGUUUGUUUCUUAGAGCAAGACGGCAAUAGCGUUGUUUUUGGAACUGCUGUUCGACACAUCGAGAAGGCUUUAGAAGCUUAUGAGUUGGAAGUAAAGUUAAUUUCAGCUGCAAACGGAUGGGAUCUUCACAGCUCAUCUUAGUGAUGCAUCAUUAUAUACAUUUAUUUAUUCUUAAAAAAAAAGUCUUUCUCUUAAUGAUCAAUAAAAAAAAGUAUAUACAU